AUGGCAACAUACAACCAAGUCCGGCGCGGCUGCCGCAAAGAACAACGCGCGCGCCGGCGCCGCUCGCCCGCGCUCUCCAACCGGCCCGAACUAAAAGGAGUCUGUCUUAAGACUGGAAUCACGAAGCCGAAAAAACCGAACUCGGGGGAACGCAAAACAGCGAGGAUUAGAUUGAGUAGUGGGCGUGUGGUGACGGCGUAUAUCCCCGGUGAAGGGCAUAAUGUGCAGCAGCAUAGUGUGGUGAUGGUACGUGGGGGAAGAGCGCAGGAUUGUCCUGGUGUUAAGUAUCAUCUUGUUAGAGGGGCGUUGGAUUUGGGAGGUGUUGCGAAUCGGUUGACGAGUCGGUCCAAGUAUGGUACGAAGAAGCCAAAGGCGGACUGA